GGCAUGCAAGCUGCUCAGUGUCGGUGUGACUCACCUCAGACAAGGACGGUUUAUACACGACUCUCUCAGUGUAGGUGGUGUGUGUGUGCGCCUGUGUGUCACAGUAUAUCAGAUAUAAUAAUAAAGAAAAGUUACUAGGAUUAUGGCUGCGAGUAACGUUGUGUCAACUCUGCGCCGCAGUGCUCCAUCGGUUAUCGACUGUUUCAAGAAUGCUCAGCUUUAUCGACGAGAAAGUACAGCUUCUCAGCAUCCCCGAGAGAUGGUGGUGCUCUUUACUUGGCUCGGUGCUAAGCAAAAGUAUGCUCAUAAGUAUGCGAAUUGCUGGACUAGGAGAGGGCAUGAUGUCCUUCAUGUCACCACCUCCGUCAGGGAUCUCCUGUUUCCCAAGACUGGAGCAGAGGAAACUGCAUCUCGAGUGGUGGAUUUCUUGAGUGGAAAAGAUAAGAAUGUAAUAGUCCAUGGUCUGAGUGUGGGCGGCUACCUCACUCAGAGGGUUCUUAUGGAUGCACGACACUCCACAGUGCACAUUUCACAUCAAAUAUUUGAUAGUUUCAAUGAUGUGAAGUUGAUGAGAAGAAUCCAAUCGGACGAGGACCAGGCAGAACUACAAAGGGAUCUGGACAGGCUGCAGGCCUGGUCCCAGGCGCGGAUAUAAGGGGGAGCCCAGGGGGCCCGCACCCCCCCCUUUGGCGCUCUUUGGGCUUUGGCCCAGUGUCGUAGCUGGGUUUUCAUUUUGGGGCGAGGGGAAGGAGGGGCCAAUCCUUUACAUGGC